AUGGAAAAGAUAAAUGAAACCACUGUAACAGAAUUCUUCCUAAAGGGACUUUCUGGGUAUCCCAGACUUGAGAUUAUUUUUUUUGUGCUGAUUCUGGUCAUGUAUGUGGUCAUUCUUCUAGGCAAUGGAAUUCUCAUUGUAAUCAGCAUCCUAGACCCCCACCUCCACACUCCCAUGUACUUCUUCCUCAGUAACCUCUCUUUCUUGGACAUCUGCUACACAUCAACCUCCAUUCCUCCUACACUGGUGAGCUUCUUAUCACAAAGAAAAACAAUUUCUUUUUCUGGGUGUGCAGUUCAGAUGUUCCUUGGCUUGGCCAUGGGGACCACUGAGUGUGUACUUCUGGCCAUGAUGGCCUUUGACCGUUAUGUGGCUAUCUGCAACCCCUUGAGAUAUCCUAUCAUCAUGAGCAAGAUUGUGUAUGUGCAGAUGGCAGCUGGCUCCUGGGCAGCAGGGGGUGUCAACUCAUUGGUGCAAACAAUUCUUGUGGUCCGGUUGCCUUUCUGCAGAAAUAAUGUCAUCAAUCAUUUCAGCUGUGAAAUCCUGGCAGUCAUGAAACUGGCCUGUGCUGACAUCUCUGGCAAUGAAUUUAUCAUGUUAGUAGCCACUACAGUAUUCACAUUAACUCCAUUGCUACUGAUUGUUGUCUCUUACACUUUAAUCAUCUCCAGCAUCCUAAAGAUUCAUUCAGCUGAAGGAAGGAGUAAAGCCUUUUCCACCUGCUCAGCCCACCUGACUGUGGUGAUUAUAUUCUAUGGGACCAUCCUGUUUAUGUACAUGAAGCCCAAAUCUAAAGUAUCACCUAAUUCAGAUAAAUUGCAAGCUACAGACAAACUCAUUUCCAUGUUUUAUGGGGUCAUGACUCCCAUGAUGAAUCCCUUAAUCUAUAGUCUCAGGAACAAAGAUGUGAAAGAAGCAGUGAAAAGUCUGCUAGGAAAGAAGGCUUUUGGAAAAGAAAUGUGA